AUGGAGACGACCAAGGACUCAUCGAUCCGGGACCAAGAUGACGGAGAAGCUAGCGCGUUAAGCAAAGUGGACGCUGAUCUCAAAACUCAAAGCGAAGCGCUCGAUUCCCCCCUUGCCAGCCACGUUUGCGAGAACGAUAGGAGAUAUCAGGGCUUCAGGCCCGGUGCAUACUGGGGCCCGAAUGAUCAGGAAGCCGCCGACAAUCUCAACCUGUACCACCGCAUCUUCUCUCUCUCCUAUCGAGGAAGGCUAUGCCUCGCACCUAUACCAAAGGCACCCGAACGCGUGCUUGACCUGGGAACCGGAACGGGGAUAUGGGCACUAGACUUUGCCGCAGAGCAUCCCUCAGCUACCGUUGUGGGUACGGAUAUCUCGCCCGUCAACAUAGAUCCGGUCCCAGCGAAUGUUACGUUCAAACAGGACGAUUUCUGUGAAGACUGGGGCUCCAGCCAUGAGAAUUACGAUUUCAUACAUGCCCGCUGUUUAUACGGCAGCAUACCCAACUACCCUGCCCUGUACGAGAAGGUGCUCAAGGGCCUCAAGCCUGGCGGCUGGUUCGAGCAAGCUGAGAUCAGCGUAAUAGCGAUAUCAGACGACGGCUCACUCAAGGGGACACACAUGGACAAAUGGGGUUCCCUGGCGUUAGAAAUCGGUGAGAAGACCGGCAAGUCGUUUGCUAUCGCCGAAGAGCUGAUUCCACAGAUUCAAAAGGCGGGGUUUGUCGACGUCCGCUCUCAUACCUUCAAUUGGCCAGUUGGAGAAUGGCCCGAGGAAGAGCGACUCAAGGAGCUUGGUAGACAGAAUCGCAUAGGCUGGGAGAAGGGGUUGGACAGUUGGGCGAACCUCCUCUUCCCGAAAGUUCUCGGUGACUUGCGCAACCCAAAAAUCCAUGCGUAUCAACACAUGACUGUCUGCUACGGCCGGAAACCCUUGGAGCCAGCUCCAUAG